UAAAUAUGUGUGUGAGCGUGUUCUUGACAUGUGUAUAUGUAGAACGCUAUUGGGGUUAAUGUAUUUUUUGCUCUAUUUUUUUUUUAAUACUCUUCCCCCCUCUCCUGUAACGUUGACCCCUAUUAUACCGUCCCUCGUUCGGGUAGGUAUUAUUUUCACUAUUUCUCUUUUCACCACUACCUCUUCGCUAUUAUUUCCUUCGUUCUCUGUUGAACGUUCUAGUUUCGUUUGUAACAACAAUACUUACAUCGACGAAAUUUUACACGUCAUGUCACUCCGACAAUAAAGCCGAGUGCGAAAUAAGUACGCAUACUCAUUAUUGGCCCAACGAAAUGGAUUUCCAGUGAGAGACCUUCACUGCUGGUUGUGUUUAGGUACAGACAAUGUCGUCCUAGUUUCGAGAACCAUCUCAUUAUUAUAUUCGUACUGACACUACGUGCGAUCACCACCUCUUCUCUUGCUGACCAUGGAUUUUCAUUUACCACAUCUCUUUACACGUUAUCAAUCGGAUACACUCUAAUGUUAAAAUAUUGUUCAUUAUUAACUCGUUUUUGCCGUUUAUCAUCUCUUCAGAUCUAUUGGUCAUCGGUUUAACUGUGGGAUGAAACAGAACCAUUUGUGUUGACAACAGAACAAAGUGUUAGCUGAUUUGUCAACAAAGCAUGGUAUAUUUUGGUACAAAAUCAGAGAUGGCCAGUAAGAGAACAAAUCCUGUGGCUGCUACCUCAGCUACCUCAGAUAACAACAUUGAUGCUGUUUCUAUACAGUUAUCGGAACAAGUUUUACAAAAAAAGUCUACUAUUUCACCGGAAGAUGUGUUGGCAUUAUCUAAAAUUACUGAAGGCUAUUUGUGUACUCCAGAUGCAAAUGUGUACAACAUAGACUUUAUUCGUUUUAAAAUACGUGAUCUUGAUACAGGAAUGGUUUUAUUCGAAAUUGCCAAACCCUCUGUAAUAUUAGACGAUAAUCAAACUGAAGGAAAAGUAGAAGAAACAGAUCUUAAUAGUGGUAGAUUUGUACGCUAUCAAUUUACACCCAAAUUUCUUAAAUUAAAAUUAGUUGGAGCAACAGUGGAGUUUACUGUUGGAAGUAAGCCUGUAAACAAGUUCCGUAUGAUUGAACGACAUUUUUUCCGUAAUAAAUUGUUGAAGACGUUUGAUUUUGAAUUUGGUUUUUGCAUACCACAUAGCAAAAAUACAUGUGAACAUAUUUAUAAAUUUCCGAAUUUGGAUUCUGAAUUGAUUAACGAUAUGAUCAAAAAUCCAUUUGAAACUAAAUCUGACAGUUUCUAUUUUGUAGAAGAUCAACUCAUUAUGCAUAACAAAGCUGAAUAUGCAUAUAAUGGUGGAGGAGUUUAGUAGCACUCAAAUCAGAUUUUUUGUAUAUCUAGAUUUUACUUUAGCUAAUAUGUCACUGAUUUUUUUAUUUU